UCUCAGUGUCAAAAGCCGUAAGAAGGGGAGGCGACGAAGGGCAGAACGGUAAAAGAAAAGCAGCCAGCAACGUUUAAAUGUGGAAAGAGAAGAGGAGAAAGAGCGAAGGAUGGAGAGCGACCUGCAACAAUCAAGCAGCAAUAUUAAUGCCAAAAUAAUUCAUAAAAACCAAACAACAACUGGCCCACUCUCUAUCUCUCUCCAACCCAUUUUCGUUUCUUUUCUACGAAACAAAAUUAAAAUUAAAGAAGCAAACAAAAAGGCAGGGCGACCUCAUUAGUCAUUGUUGUUUGCCGUUAAAUCUGGCGAUUAAUUUCUCUCUCUCUCUCACUCACUCACUCACUAAAUUUGGCACUUUAAUCUCUCCUUUACCCUUCCCAUUGUUCUAAUCUCUUUCUUCUUUUCUCUUUGUAAAGCUGUACGAGUUGUAAUUUUCUUUUUCCUUUACUAAAAUUUUUAUUUGGUUAACUUUCUUGAUUUGCAAGAUAUUUUUUUAUUAUCGGUUGAACUUUCGGGGUUAGUUUUUUUUGGUCCGUUUUAUACAGAGAUUUCAGUUAUUGCGGCGCGUUUUGCUGAUUAGGAUCUGAAAGACAUUAGGCUGCGCAAAGUGCUGGUUGUUUGUUUGGACAGAAGAGGAGAGUUUCUUCUCUCUUCUUUCCUCUGCUGUUAGGGUUAGGAUUCGUUUUUUUUUUUUUUUUUUCUUUUACAUGUAGAUAGGUGGAUUUGGUUUAAGAAAAGGAACAAUGGAAGAUUUUGGUUGAUAAAUUAUAAUUAGCGUUGUUUGGGAGUGUUCAAAUUUGGUUGUUUAAUUGCAAUAAUUAAGCAGAAAGAGGAUGAAUUGUUUUCCUUGCUUAAAUCCUCCUGCUAAGGACAUAAGAAUCGACAUUGACAAUGGAAUUCGAACUAAUUCACGCCAUUCCGCUGAUUCCUCAGCUUCCGGCGCUAAGAGAGGAAAGACAAGUCUAGACGAGCAUAAGAAAGGAAGUGAUCAAAGAAAAGGCUCCGAAGGCAGUGGGGCACGUAGUUUCACAUUUCGAGAGUUGGCAACAGCAACUAGGAAUUUUAGAGAAACCGAUUUGCUGGGGGAAGGAGGAUUUGGAAGAGUUUUCAAAGGUCGAUUGGAAACAGGGGAGAUUGUUGCGGUUAAACAACUUAAUCAUGAUGGUCUUCAAGGCUAUCAGGAAUUCAUUGUCGAGGUUCUUAUGCUCAGCCUAUUACACCAUGUUAAUCUGGUCACCUUGAUUGGCUACUGCACCGCUGGAGAUCAGAGGCUCUUGGUUUAUGAAUAUAUGCCAAUGGGCAGUUUGGAAGAUCAUCUUUUUGAUCUAGAACCUGGUCAAGAGCCUCUGAGUUGGAAUAAACGUAUAAAAAUUGCUGUUGGUGCUGCGCGAGGAAUCGAAUAUCUACAUUGCAAGGCCAAUCCUCCCGUCAUUUAUCGUGACUUGAAGUCUGCAAAUAUUUUGCUGGAUAAUGAUUUCAACCCAAAACUCUCAGAUUUUGGCCUAGCAAAAUUGGGCCCUGUGGGUGACAAUACUCAUGUUUCAACCAGGGUGAUGGGAACAUAUGGAUAUUGUGCGCCUGAAUAUGCCAUGAGUGGCAAAUUAACUCUAAAGUCUGAUGUAUAUAGUUUUGGUGUGGUGCUAUUGGAGUUGAUAACGGGAAGGAAGGCAAUAGAUACUAAUAAGAAGCAUGGAGAGCAGAACUUGGUUUCAUGGUCCCAUCCGUUAUUAAAAGACCAGAAGAAGUAUGGCCUACUGGUUGAUCCUCUAAUUCGAGGAUGUUAUCCUCGCCGUUGCUUGAACUAUGCAAUUGCAAUUACUGCUAUGUGUCUCAAUGAAGAAGCCAACUUUCGCCCACUAAUUGGUGAUAUUGUUGUCGCACUUGAAUAUUUGGCUUCUCAGAGUCAGAACUGGAGCCCUGAAUCACGUAAUAUUCAGGUCCACAAUGCCUCACAAUCCUCACCGAUGCAACCAGAGAAAGGUCCUCUUCGCCAAUCUAAUUCCAGAAAGGGUUUGACCUCUGUUUGAAGUUGUUUGAUAAAAGCUUUCAAGAAACUUCAAUCAUGUUGUUACCUCCUCGAGCAUGGAAGAAAGACUUGUCAAACUCCAUAUACACCAAUAAAUAAGUACAUAUGUGGGUAUAUUUAUGCGUAUAUUUUGGGUGUUGAAAGAUUGGCAUUUCUUUCCUGAAAACAUGGUAGAACUGCCAGAACUUUAGGUUAUUGCAUUGUGUGGGAAGCAACGUCAACGCUUGUCAACUUUGUUUAGAGCACUCUCAUUGAAUGCACAAAGUUUUCUCUGUACCGAUAUGAGUACGGUUUGGUAGAGGCUUCCAUUAAAUUUUUUUCCUUCUUAAUGUAAAUGGCAAUAUAUAUACAUAUUGUGGGGGCAAUAUGCAGUUAUCAUAUUAAUUCUAUGUGUGUGUUUGUCUCCUACUCCCACCCCACUCACUUUGGAGUUUAGCCAUUGAGAUUCCGAUCCAAGCAGGGAACAUUAUUUUGUCACAUGGAUGUUGUAGGGAUAUUCCUGUUCAUCAUAGUAGAAUGGUACCGGCGUUGUCGAGUCAUCUGCACUCGGAAAAGCCAAGGUGAUAACUCUUGUCCAAUCUUUGUUUCUGGUAAAUAAAAUGACCAUCUACAUUUAAGCAUCAAAAUUUUCAUGUACAGGCACAAAGCAGGUAAAAUUUUGAAUAUAUUCUCAUAGUUUUCAUCAUCAGAAGUUGUCAUGCAUCUGUAUUAAGAAUUCUAUUGGAAAUUACAUCCUAAUGCCAUGUUCGUAUGUUCUUUCAGAGGAUUUUUCUUUUAUCCUCUUCUUUAAAGUUCCUAAGAAUGCGACGGAAAACAUCACUAAAAGAUGUUCCCUAAUGGGGGUGGGCCGUGAGUAGAUGCUUUCUGAUUUGAAAACCAAGAAAAUGUCACGUGAGAUGUGAGCUUUGGUCCUUUGGGUUGUGGCUAGUGGCCACUGGCUACACGAUACACAUUUCAGAUUCGGUGCUCUUUGACAAUUGAAACUGUUAACAAAGUCGUUGCCGACCAACUUUAAGGGGUAGGGUCAUUCCCAGCCAGUUCUGUUCUUAAGGGUCAAGACUAAACCCGGGAACAAAUUAAGUGAAUGGCUAGCGUGCAUUUUGAAAUGUUAAAAUGCUAGCAAAAUUGUAGACCUCAAAAAGGCUCAUUGUACUAAUAAUCUCGGAAAUAUUGUCAUUAAUCCUUUUGGGAAGGAAGGAUCGUUCGAAUAUCCUUAUUUCAGAUUCAAUGCUAAAAAACAAACGUCAUUUCUCCACUGUUCAUACUUGCUAGUCACCCUCAAAACUUUCUUCUGUUACAUCAUCCAUGAUGAAGCAAAAACUAUAUUGCAUAGGGUUCCCUUAUUGUUACUUAUAAUUACAAAGAGUGGAUCUUCUAUGAUUGAAGAGGCUUAUGUUUUAGGUAGUCUUAAAGAUAAUUAAGAAAUGGGGAUAAUUAUAGUUAUAUUUAUAUGAGAUGUCCCAAUCCUCUAUUUUUGCAGUCCCAAGUUCUAGUUUUGUUGUCAAUUGUCAUACUAUGAAGAAAUUCUAUGGCAUAGGUUGCCGUGCAUUUUGCUCCUUACUUCAAUAAUUAUUUCAACCAUAGGUGUUGCAAUUAUCAACCGUUGGAUGAUGUCAUAGUACACAUGUAAUUAUAAUCGCAUUUUCUAACCCUUUUCUAACACUACUUGCUACUUGAUUACCAUAAAUUUAAAGAGUAGUGACUUAUGCUGUGAUCUCUGAAAUGUUACUAACAAUAUAUGCUUAUAAAUUUCGCAU